AUGGAGUAUGCAGCUGCAGGAAGUUUAUCUUCUUUCAUGGAAACAAGAACAUUGUCUGAUUCAAUGAUCAGAGAUUUCACGAUUAUGAUACUCGAAGGACUUGUCUCUGUUCAUAACCUCGGUUAUGUUCAUUGCGAUCUUAAACCGGAGAAUAUCCUCGUGUUUCCUCGUUAUAAAUACGAAAAAGACGAUGCUGGUGGUUUGAUAUUGAAAUUGAAAUCGUCAUAUGAAUUGAAGAUUUCGGAUUUUGGUAUGUCGACAAGAGUUGGAGAGGAUUCGGAGUUUUGGGAAUUUGAUUCUCCGUUUUUGGGAACGCCUCUUUACAUGUCGCCGGAAUCUGUUCACGAUGGCGUCGCCGAGGAAUCGUUAGAUUUAUGGUCGUUAGGUUGUGUUGUGAUGGAGAUGUAUACAGGGGAAUCGCCUUGGCCGUUUGAGGAAUCGAAAGAGCUUUUGGCUGCUUUGUUGAAUGGAAACGCACCGCCGAUUCCACAGUCUCUUCCUUGGGACGCAAGGCUGUUUCUACAGACGUGUUUCGCAAGGAAUCAGAAGGAGAGAGGAAGUGCUUCGGAGCUGUUGAAGCAUCCGUUUCUCCGGAGAGUUGUCGAUCAGAAGAAAGUGGUGGUUAUCGGCGCCGGAGGUAGGAGAAAGGCGGUGGUGGUGAUGAAACCUGAGGAUGUUACAGAGAAGCCUCUAAGAGUGAAGAUUAUUCCACCAAAACCCUUACAGUUUAAGAAGAUUUCGGGAAGACCCUUAAGGUUAAAGAUUAUACCUCCGAAACCCCCUGCAAGAUGCAAUCCCGUUCAUGUUUAG